AUGGUGGUAGCGCGAGCUGCGAUGGCCCGCGAUGGAAGAGUUGCAGGGGGCGUUCGAUGUUGGAAAGUGGCCUGUGGUGAUUCGCGAUGGGGAGACGGGAUGGGUCUCUAUGGAGGUGGAGUAGCCAUGGUUGGGGUGACUUUGAGGGUGACGUUUAUGGUUAGGUUCAUGGUGGUUAGAGAUGUGGGUUUUGUGAUGAUGGGUUUUGUGAUGGUGGGUUCUGUGAUGAUGAGUUUUGUGAUGGUGGGUUUUGUGAUGGCGGGUUUUGUGAUGGUUGAUGGUGGGUUCUGUGAUGGCAGGGUUGUGUUGGUGGCUAGCAGAGGUGGUUGGAGUAGGGUUAUGUUGGUGGCUAGCAGAGGUGGCUGGAGCAGGGUUGUGUUAACGGCUAACAGAGGUGGUUGGAGUAAGGUUGUGUUGGCGGCUAGCAGAGAUGGCUGGAGCAAGGUUGUGUUGGAGGCUAGAAGAGGUGACUGGAGCAGGGUUGUGUUGGCGACUAGCAGAGAGGUGGCUGGAGCAGGGUUGUGUUGGUGGAUAGCAGAGCAGAGGUUGAGGUGGAGCAGUGUAGUAGAGGUUGUGUUGGCAACUAGUAGAGGUGGAGCAGUGGUUGUGUUGGUGGCUAGCAGAGGUGGCUGGAGUAGGGUUGUGUUGGUGGCUAGUAGAGAUCCCAAUAUCUGCAGAGGUUGUGUUGGUGCCUACCAGAAGUGGAGUAGUGUAGCAAGAGUUGUGUUGGUGGUUAGCAGAGGUGGCUGGAGCAGGGUUGUGUUGGUAGCUAGCAAAGGUGGAGCAAUGUAG